CUACACGAGCUAAACAUGGAAAAAAAUGUUGGUGCGCUUCAGGAGCAGGCUCUUAAGAGAAAAGAGAGGCUAAAAGCUUUAAGAGAUAAACAAAUUCAUGGGAAGCAGCUAGAAGGUGAAGAUGGUGAACCAGAGAACAAAAGGGCUGCAGUAGAGGAGUCCACUGUAGAGAGACACAGAGAGCUAAAACUGAGGAAUUAUGCUCCAGAGGAUGAAGAGCUGAAGGAGAGGCAGGUACCCAAAGCCAAACCUGCGUCAGUGGAAGAUAAAGUAAAAGAUCAGUUGGAGGCAGCUAACCCAGAGCCCAUAAUUGAAGAAGUGGAUUUGGCCAAUCUUGCCCCAAGAAAACCAGACUGGGAUCUAAAGCGUGACGUUGCAAAGAAACUGGAGAAGUUGGAACGGAGGACACAGAGGGCGAUCGCUGAGCUCAUCCGGGAUCGUCUGCGGGGCAGUGAGGAGGAGUUGGCCGGAGCGGUGGGAGCUGUGAGAAUAGAAGAAGGAGAUUCUGACUGAAUAUGUGAUGUUAAAAGUAAAAAAAGGAGACUGGACAAGGGUGACCUCCGUUGAUUGAGACUGUCAUGUGUGUUGUGCAUGCGGAGACGGUUGGUUUCAUCAUGGAGGGACAAGAUGUGCUUCCUGUCAGGUCUUCAUACGAGUCAUGUAUUUAUAUAUGUAUGAGUACAUUUUGUAUAUGUGGGUUACCUAAGCGCAUUGUCAAUGUAACCAACAGUAUUUUGUUGUAUUUUUUUAAAUAUUUGAAGUAAAAAGAACAUGCUGUUUUAAUGAUGAAUAAUUUGAUCUCUAUUAUUCUUUUAAUAGAAUAUAAAAUCCUGUUAUGUAUUUCUGGUGAUAUACACCGCCUGGAUUGAAGUAUGUAAAUGGGUACGAACCUUCCAUAAGAAAAGUGCUAGUGAUUUAAUAUUCUCAGCUGGAAAUAAGUUAUUAAACCCUGACUAAUGCAGUGAGUAGCUUUUCAGACGCAUCCUGUGAUCGUGGAAAAUGUUCUUGUUUUAAGAGUCUUCAUUAAGCAAAACAAACCAACUAAGCGGACUGAUGAGGUUACUAAAAUU